AUGACCAAGUUCCUUCUGGAGCGUGGCGCUGAUCCGAACGCUCUAUCCGGAUACAACGAAUUCCCGAUACAUCUUACGUUAUUUCACGCUGAUAAAACAAAGCAUCGCGAAGGCGUGCUCGAUGCGCUGCUCGCAGAUGCUAGGACCAUUUUGACGAUUAGAGACUACCAGAAUGAGCACCCUCUGCACUGCGUCGAGUACGGAAAGUCUGGAAGCGUGCGGAUGGUCAAGAGACUAGUUUCUGAAGGAGCAAGUCCCUUCAAAAGGAACUUGAAGCAGCAAAACGCACUGCAUCUUGCUAGCCGGGCCGGCGAUCACGACGCGGUCAUAGUUCUACUUUCCCUAGAAGUCGAGCCUGCCUCAAUGGACAAUGAGGGGCUCAACGCCCUUCACCACGCCACACGGAGUGGGAACCAUGAAACAAUUAGCGUCCUUCUAGAAACAGCUGUGGCAACAAAACCAAGUCUAGUGGCAUCGAAGGACACUUGGAGUAGAAUCUCGCUUCACCAUCUGUUGUCUACGACCUCUAGGGUUCGAAAUGAGACGCUACAGUUGCUGCUUGACAAGGGGGUGGAUGGUUCAGAGUUGGACGCAUUCGGCAAGUCACCAUUGGCGAGCUAUUUCAAAGGGCAUUGGCUUGGACUAAAUUUCGACAUCUGCCAGUUUUUGCUUUCGGUCAAAGGAAGCUCUUCGUAUGUCGACAAGAAUGGACAAAAUCUAGGGCACUUGUACGCUUCGACAUUGGACCGCAGAGUUCAGACUUUGGAGCUCAUGAGGGAAUACUCUGUCGAUCUGGCAAAGAAAGAUGCACAAAGCAGGACAAUCUUGCACUGCGCUGCGAUCAGCGGAUCCAUUAACGAAGAAUCAUUGCAUUAUCUUCUCUAUGUUGUCGGCGUUGAGAUGAAUGCAGAGGACGAAUCUGGAAAAGCGGCAUUGCAGCAUGCAGUAGAGAUGGCAUCGAAAGAUCACGACUCACGAAUACAUGAUCCUGGGCGCUGGAAUAGAACUACGAGGCUUUUGUCGGAAUCAGGUGUCAGUCAAGCAGCUUCUAGAGCUAUAGUGGGCUAG